UCUCAGUCAGUCAUAGAAAUAAUACAAAUGGGUGAGGUUGUGAUUAAAUCAUCUCUCCUUUUGAACAAAAAAAAAUAACCGUGAUGAAUAAAAGUGUCUUUGUUGUUUGAAAAAUAUAGUUUUUUAGUGGAAUGUUAAAUCGUUUUUUAUUCUAAAGGACGCGAAAGAUUUUUCUAAUAAGAUAACAUACUGCAGCAAUUUUAUAUACAGUACAGAAAAAAAGUUACAAUCUUUUAUCAAAUAAUGCUAUCUUAUCUAUGAGGUAACUAAGUGGGGUCUAUAGCUACAGUGUCUAUGCGCGUAUGAAUUAGUAAAAAUUUACUUAUCAGUAUCAUCCUAUUAAUAUUUUCCCCCGAAGAAAGAGUCAAUAAACAGAGUUUUUAGUUAGAUUCAGAUCAUUUUGUUUUGACAGAUAGCUUUUACAUAAAUAUAUACGUGCUGCACAACUACUGUGGAUGAAUGAGUGUUGAGAGCCGGUGCUAAAACGCUAUAAAACCGAGGUGAAGAAAGAUUAAACGUUUUUUUUCUUCCAAAGGUGUGUGUGCGAUGAUAUUAAACUAUUUGGUAUCUAAAAAGCAGUGGCACCAUGAAUGAAUCAAUGAUUUAGUUAGAAAACAAUAAGUACCUAGUGUAAAUUGUGGAAGAGUGAAAAGCAUGAGUGUUCUAGGAAAAAUGAGUGCAUCCAGCCUAUUUUGGCCGGCAGCAAUUUUAAUUAGUGUAUACAUAUUGUUGAGUUUACAUCUGGUUAGUUGUUUCAAUUUGGAAAAUCGACUACCCAUCAUCAAGUAUGGAGAAGGAAAUUCAUAUUUUGGAUAUUCCGUUGCGAUGCAUGUAAUUGGAGAAAAGGAUAGCUCUGAUAAUAGAAAAUGGUUGUUGGUCGGUGCUCCUCUUGGUCAGAAUUUACAACCUGGAACUAAUCAUUCAGGGGCCCUCUACAAAUGUCCUAUCACACAAAAUAAUAACGACUGCAGUCAAAUAAUAACCGAUGGACGAAGAUUUCUCGAUGAUGAUGAUGGCAUUGAGAAUUUAAUGCCGCCAGUUAAGACGGAUGAAUUGAAAGAUGAUCAAUGGAUGGGAGUCACCGUGAGGUCACAAGGUGCCAAUGGGAAGGUGUUAGUUUGUGCUCAUCGGUAUAUUGCUAUAAUGGGUGAAUCUCGAUUCGGACAGGGUUUGUGCUACGUACUUAGCAAUGAUCUCAAAUACGAUGAAAUCUAUGAACCAUGCAAAGGUCGAAGUACAGCAAGGGCCCAUGAAGAUUUUGGAUAUUGCCAAGCAGGUACAUCUGGAGCACUCUUGGACGAUGACACUGUUAUUCUAGGAUCUCCAGGUCCACUAACAUGGCGUGGCAUGAUUUUCGUUAUUUCCAUUGGGGGUGAGUAUUUGACAAGGGAUAAAACGAAUUACUACUCCCCCCAUACGGAUGCCUCAUCACCCGUGGACAAAUAUAGUUAUUUGGGUAUGGCUGUAACGGGUGGUCGAUAUUUCGGUUCGCACAUGUCCUAUGCUGCCGGUGCCCCAAGAUCUGCCGGCCAUGGGCAGGUGAUGAUUUUCUCGAAAGGCAACCCACCCACAUCGAACCCCAUCAAUUUAACCGCCACACUGGAUGGGGAGCAAUUUGCUUCGAGUUUCGGCUAUGAACUCGCAACGGCGGAUGUAAAUGGUGAUGGACGUCCCGAUUUACUCGUGUCAGCACCCUUCUACUUUUCUCGCGACGAAGGUGGCGCCGUUUAUAUUUACCAAAAUGAACGAAAUCACCUCCCUGCGAUACCCAAAGCCAAGCUCACGGGUAAAUUGGAAUCUCGCUUUGGAUUGGCCCUCGCUAAUCUUGGUGAUAUCAAUAAAGAUGGUUAUGAGGACAUCGCCAUUGGUGCUCCCUAUGAAAAUGAUGGAGUGGUUUACAUAUAUCUCGGAUCCGAGAGUGGUCUCAAUAGAAAACCAAGUCAAGUCAUCGCUGCAUCCGAUGUGCAUGCGUCUCUGAAGACAUUCGGCAGCUCUCUUUCCGGUGGAAUUGACGUUGAUAACAACUCCUAUCCUGAUCUCCUAAUUGGAGCAUACAGUUCAUCAGCAGCAAUUGUUCUUCUAGCACGUCCCAUUACGAAUAUAACAACCAAAGUUGAGGGAACUUAUCUAACGAAUAUUGAUCCCGCUAAAUCGGGAUGCCCAAGUGAUCCAGGAACAAAUUUAACAUGCUUCUCAUUCAAGGCAUGUUGUGCAAUUGAACAAAUGGAAACUUCAACAUCAUUCGAAUAUCUCCAUCUGAAAUAUGUGAUUGAAGCUGAAACGUUCAACAAUCAGAAGAAAUUCAGUCGAGUAUUUUUUGGGCCAGAUUUCAAGAAGCGCAGCAAUGUGAUGCGUCGAUCGAUUCAAGUGAAGAGCAAUGGGCAGAUGGAUUGUAUUGAGGAGACUGUAUACAUAAAGGAGGGAACACGAGAUAUUCAGAGUCCAAUAAAAUUCCGCCUCAACUAUACAUUUGUGGAGCCAAAAUUAAAAGAAUCCGGACUAAUUGCCCUCAAUCCCAUCCUCAAUCAAGCCCAAGCUAAUCGCAAAUUUGAAGCAACAUUCCAAAAGGAUUGCGGUAGCGAUGAUAUUUGUGAAUCUCAGCUGGAAGUUUCUGCUGAGUUGGAGCUCCCUCAGGAGGACAAUCAGUACACUCUUGUUCUUGGGGAGCGUGAUGAGCUACAGUUGAAUGUUAUGGUGACAAAUCAGGAGGAUUCAGCGUAUGAAGCUCAAUUGUUCAUUCUUCACCAACAGAGUGUCUCCUAUAUUGCUGCCAUACGUUCUGGUGCGGUUAUUUGCAAUAGAUUCAAUGAGACCAUUGUGGCGUGCACAUUGGGUAAUCCCCUGAGACGCGAUGGUGUGGCUAAGGUGACUCUUCGGUUUGAUCCCAGUGGCUUGGAAGAUUCAGUGCCACGUCUCAAUUUUCGAAUUUGGGCCAAUUCAACGUCAAAACAAAUUUCUGAAGUUGAACCAACUGUGCUGGAUGUGAAGGUGGUGAAGAAGGUUCAGAUUAGCGUCAAGGGAUGGGCUCGACCAGAACAAUCCUUCUACGGCGGUGAAAUUAAGGGUGAAAGCGCAAUGGAGUACUUUGAUGAUGUUGGUACAAUUAUCCAUCAUACGUAUCAAAUUUACAAUGAUGGCCCUUGGAAUGCACCUCACAUUGAUGUACGUAUUAUGUGGCCACAUCAAGUUGCCAACGAUAAGGAGCAGGGCAAAUGGUUGCUCUAUCUUGAGGAAGAACCUACGAUUGAAGGUGCUAAUGGUGCCGGUGAGUGUUUCAGACUAGGUGAUAAGGUAAUCAAUCCACUUGGUUUGAAGAGGCGUUCGCAGACACUUCAGCGUGGCUUUUUAGAGGACGAACUCCCGCCUGAGCCAUACAUUCGACGUACACACAAUAAAACAGCUUUCUAUUCAGCUGCCAGCUACGAAAAGGCCUCAAUGGGCUCAUCGAAGUUUGAAAGUGCCUCCGCGAAUCGUGUACGAAGGGAUCAUGCCGUGGUAAUUAAGGCUGACAAUCUUGUGGAUAAAGAUGGGAAGAAAUCCGAUGUUGUACACAUGGAUUGUGCACGAAAAACAGCUAAAUGCGUUGAAAUUCACUGCGCCAUUUACAGAAUGCAACGCAAAACUGAGGUGUACAUUCACGUGAAGGCACGUCUGUGGAAUUCAACCCUCGUUGCGGAUUAUCCUCGUGUUGAUCGCGUGCACAUUGUCUCCCGAGCGCAGAUUAGUAUUCCCGAAUUGUAUGGAAUUGAACAGCCACGUGGGAAUGAUUCAGCAGCCGUGGAAACGUUGGCGUAUCCUGAACUUUUGGAUGUCGUGGGAGAUGGCCCAGUGCCCAUAUGGGUGUAUGUUCUGUCGAUUUUAUUUGGUAUUCUAGUGCUGGUUAUUCUUGUUCUUAUCAUGUGGAAAUGUGGUUUCUUCAAGCGUCGUCGACCAGAUCCCACCCUCAGUGGGAAUCUCGAAAAAAGCGAAACGAAACCUUUUAUAUCAAAGUAGAAGUCGUGAAGCUUUGACGGGAAAUUGACGGUUGACGGAGCUUUUAGGCAGAUUCAUAGUAAAAUUGUGAUUUUAAUUAUAUAAAAUGUCCUUUGUAUUUUCCAAUACGUUCGUUGUAAGUGAACAUUUCGCUAAAUUUUGCUGCUAAAGCAAAUUGUGUUCAUUUUAUUGAAAAUUAAUACAAAAUUGUUCGUUAAAAAAAAACAUUUUAAAAAAUUCAGGAUAAUUUUUUUGAUCCAACAUGUUAAUUGAAUUUUCAAAAUGAAAAUGUUUAUAUUGAAGAUUUUUAUGUCUUUAAAAAUGAUUUUAUACUUGAAAUGCAGGUUUAGAUAUCAAGCUUUCACACUUAUUAUGUACUUAAUAAUUUUUUAGUAUGAUUCAGUAUAUUCCAUAGUUAUUUUUAAUUCAUUUUAUUAAACUAAAAAUCAUGAAAAAAAUUUUAAAAAAAAUUACUUACACUGAAAAAAUAUAUAUUUCACUGCAUUAAACGAUAUAUUGACAUCCCAGUAAAUUCUUUCGUGAAACGUUACAUAUUCAUUGAGAUAUUAUAAUCUGAAUAAAUUUCACAUGACUCAUUACUUUUUUUUUUACUUACAAGUCAUGUCAUUCCAAUAAAUGUAAAUUUUUUUGGCCCAGAGCAUGAUAAUUUAGGUGCUUUUGCAAAAAAAAAACAAUGUGCUGAAUUUUUUUUUUAGAAGAAUUGCUAUUUCUUUAAUUUAGCGAUUCCAUAAAAGCCAAGAUAAAUGCCAAGAAGAAACGAAAUUUGGUAUGUAAUUACGCACAUAUAUACAUACAUACUUACAUUUGCGCUUAUAGCAUAAGAAUCAUAAUCGUUCGAUAUAGAAAUAAAACGUCCAAAAUGUCAAGUUGGUAAUAAGGAGACGUCUAAUAGUUAUAUAUGUAUAUUCUUAUGUAGAUUUUGGCCUUAUAUAGAUUUAUUGUCGUGAAGAAAGAUAUAAAGCUGAAGCAAAUAAUUUACACGUUAUUAGCCAGACUUGGAUUUUUAACCCAAUAUAGACCAUAAAUGAAAUAUAUA